UCUACACAUUAGGGUUUCGAUACACACUCCGCCCCAGCGGAGAGGUUUAUCAUUUCUCAACCAAACAACCCUUCUUCCAUCGCCACCACUCGCAACUUCGCUGAAUUUUCAUCAGAUUCGCGAAGCGUGAUUCUCUUUGCCAGAUUCAUCUCCAUAACCUCGCAGAUUCACUUCUGUUCAAAGUUUGAUAGGAGAAAAUGGUGCAGUAUAACUUUAAGAAGAUCACUGUGGUACCAAAUGGGAAGGAUUUCAUUGACAUCAUCCUCUCUCGCACCCAGCGGCAGACACCGACGGUUGUACACAAAGGGUACGCGAUUUCCCGUCUCCGGCAAUUUUACAUGCGCAAAGUGAAGUAUACCCAGCAGAAUUUCCAUGACAAGCUCUCUGCGAUCAUUGAUGAGUUUCCUCGGAUGGAUGAUAUUCAUCCUUUCUAUGGAGAUCUCCUCCAUGUGCUCUACAACAAAGAUCAUUACAAGCUUGCGCUUGGACAGAUCAAUACCGCGAGGAAUCUUAUUGGGAAGAUUGCGAAAGACUAUGUGAAGUUGUUGAAGUAUGGUGACUCGCUGUAUCGGUGCAAGAGCCUGAAGGUUGCUGCCCUUGGUCGCAUGUGUACUGUGCUUAAGAGGAUUGCUCCGAGUUUGGCUUACCUCGAACAGAUUCGACAACACAUGGCUAGGCUUCCGGCGAUUGAUCCAAAUACAAGGACUGUCUUGAUUUGUGGAUACCCCAAUGUUGGCAAGAGCUCAUUCAUUAAUAAGAUUACUAGAGCUGAUGUGGAAGUGCAGCCCUAUGCUUUCACUACAAAGUCUCUCUUUGUAGGUCAUACAGACUAUAAGUACCUAAGGUACCAAGUAAUUGACACACCGGGGAUUUUGGACAGGCCUUUCGAAGACCGCAAUAUUAUUGAAAUGUGCAGUAUCACUGCUCUAGCACAUUUGAGAGCUGCAAUAUUGUUUUUCUUGGACAUCUCUGGUUCUUGUGGUUACAGUAUUGCUCAGCAAGCAGCCCUAUUUCACAGCAUUAAGUCAUUGUUUCUGAACAAGCCGUUGAUUAUAGUAUGCAACAAGACUGACUUGCAACCACUGGAGGGGAUAUCUGAGGAAGACAUGAAGUUGGUAAUGGAGAUGAAAUCUGAAGCCUUGAAGACUAUAGUUGGCCAAGGAGGUGAGGCUACAGAUGAUGACAGUGUGCUGUUGACCAUGAGCACUUUGACAGAGGAAGGGGUAAUUGCAGUGAAAAAUGCAGCAUGUGAGAGGCUAUUGAAUCAGAGGGUGGAGAUAAAGAUGAAGUCAAAGAAAAUUAAUGAUUGCUUGAAUAGGUUUCAUGUUGCUAUCCCAAAGCCACGUGACCAGAAAGAAAGGCCACCAUGUAUUCCUGCAGCAGUUUUAGAGGCUAAAGCUAAGCAAGCGGCUGAGAAGGAAAAGAGAAAAACUGAGAAGGAUCUGGAGGAGGAAAAUGGAGGGGCGGGUGUAUACUCAAUGAACCUGAGAAAGCAUUAUAUUUUAGCCAAUGAUGAAUGGAAAGAAGAUAUACUGCCAGAAAUUUUGGAUGGACACAAUGUGUACGAUUACAUUGAUGUUGAUAUUUUACAGAGGCUUGAAGAGUUGGAAAGAGAAGAGGGGUUAAGACUGGCAGAAGAGGAAGAUGAUGAUUUUGAGAUAGAUGGAACUGGUUUGGCACCAGAACAACUAGCAACUUUAGCUGAGAUUAGGAAAAGGAAAAAAUUGCUCAUCCAACAGCAUAGGAUAAAAAAGAGCACUGCCGAGAGCCGACCAAUAGUUCCAAGGAAAUUUGACAAAGACAAGAAGUUCACAUCAGAAAGAAUGGGAAGGGACUUUUCAUCUGUGGGGCUUGAUCCCACUUUGGCAAUCAAGAGAGCGCGUAGCAGAUCUGUCUCUGUGAGAGGUCGGAAAAGGGAAAGAAGUGCUGAUGGUGGAGAUGGAAUGGAUAUUGAUGGUGACACACCUAGCAAGAAGCUGCGUCUAAGUAGAUCCAGGUCCAGGUCAGUGUCACGCCCACCCAAUGAAGUUGUGCCUGGAGAAGGCUUCAGAGAUUCUGCUCAAAAGGGCAAGGCAAUUAAACUUGCCAAGAAAUCUGUCAAAAAGAGAAACAAGGAAGCCCGUCGUGGAGAAGCUGAUAGGGUCAUACCUAAUCUGAAGCCCAAGCAUUUGUAUUCUGGGAAGCGCUCGACUGGGAAAACUGAUAGGCGUUAAACAGGGGAUGCUGAUUUAUGCUUUACAGAGACAUCUACAAAGCUACCAAGGAUUUUGUUUUGUUGCUGCCAAGAAUUUUGUUCUUUUCAUGUUAGUUCUGUUUUGUUGGAGCUGCCAAGAAUUUUGUUUUGUUUUAAUGCUAGUUUUGUUGCGACUAUAAAUUUUGCUCUUUUCGUAUUAAUUCUGUUUUGUUGGAGUGGAGACUGGAGACCAUAUAUAUAGUAUAUGAAUCAACGAAACUGCUCUUUAAAAUCUGAGUUGUAACAUUGUUUAUGUGCUUGAAAACAAUGAAGCAUUUGUUUCACAUUAUUUA